AAAAAUUACUGUCGGCACACGCAGUGCACGUGACCAUCGCCAGAUGUUACGCAUAGGGCACACGCUGGUGCCGCCGGUAUCCAAAACCCUCUUUCCAUCCAUCGCUUGAAGCCGCCUCCAUUUUCGCCAUUCGAUUCGAUCUCCUCUCGAUUAGCAUCAAUGGUGGGAAGUGUUGGGGUGUUUUCUGGCGAUCUCAAUCUCGAAGAGGUUGAGCCUUUGCCGGAGGAUUUUGAUCCAACUGAAGUGAUUAAAGAUCCUCUGCCACCGGUGGUGAUUGAUUGCUGCGAAGUCAUCGCCAAUGGCAAAAGUGAAGAAAAGAAGCUGGAAAGGGAGAUUGUGCUUGGGAGGAAUGUGCACACAAUGUGCUUUGAUGUCACCGAGCCCGAUGCCGACGAUGAGGUCACCGGAGAGAGGGAAGGCUAUAUGGCUAGUGUGUUGGCUAGAUAUAGAAAGUCUUUGAUUGAGAGGACUAAGCACCAUUUGGGGUACCCCUACAAUCUUGAUUUCGAUUAUGGUGCUCUGGGACAGUUACAACAUUUCUCCAUUAACAAUCUUGGUGAUCCAUUUAUAGAGAGCAACUAUGGAGUCCAUUCCAGGCAGUUUGAAGUGGGCGUAUUGGAUUGGUUUGCCCGCCUAUGGGAACUUGAGAAGAAUGAAUAUUGGGGUUACAUUACAAAUUGUGGAACAGAAGGCAAUCUUCAUGGUAUAUUAGUCGGGAGGGAAGUGCUUCCAGAUGGCAUUCUGUAUGCCUCACGUGAAUCACAUUAUUCUGUUUUCAAAGCUGCACGAAUGUACAGGAUGGAAUGUGAAAAGGUCGACACUUUGGUCUCAGGUGAAAUUGAUUGCAAGGAUUUCAAAACUAAACUCCUUUGCCACAAGAGCAAGCCAGCAAUUAUCAACGUAAACAUUGGCACAACUGUUAAGGGAGCUGUUGAUGAUCUAGAUCUGGUUAUACAGACCCUCGAAGAAACAGGAUUCACACAUGACCGGUUCUACAUUCACUGCGAUGGGGCUCUAUUUGGUCUCAUGAUGCCUUUUGUAAAACGUGCACCGAAAGUUUCUUUCAAGAAGCCUAUAGGAAGCGUGAGUGUUUCUGGCCACAAGUUUGUGGGAUGCCCUAUGCCUUGUGGCGUUCAAAUAACAAGAUUGGAGCACAUUAAUGCCCUAUCAAGGAACGUGGAGUAUCUUGCUUCUAGAGAUGCAACUAUUAUGGGAAGCAGAAAUGGCCAUGCACCAAUCUUCCUCUGGUACACCUUAAACCAGAAAGGGUACAGAGGGUUCCAGAAAGAAGUACAAAAAUGCCUCAGGAAUGCACACUACUUGAAGGACCGCCUCAUAGCAGCUGGCAUUGGAGCAAUGCUCAACGAACUCAGCAGCACAGUUGUGUUUGAGCGCCCACAAGAUGAGGAGUUUGUUCGCAAGUGGCAGCUCGCUUGCCAAAGGAACAUUGCACAUGUGGUGGUCAUGCCCAACAUUACCGUCGAUAAGCUUGAUGAUUUCUUGACCGAACUGAUUGAGAAACGUGCCACUUGGUAUCAGGAUGGGAGGCUUCAAUCUCCUUGUGUUGCUUCAGAUAUAGGUAAGGAAAACUGUCUUUGUGCACUACACAAGUGACAAGUGAUGGAUGUUGUGCUUUCACAGUUCCUGUAUGGCCUCUGUUGUUUUGUCUGUAUUAGAAGACUUUGUUCUAAUCUGCUCCUUUACUAUGAUACUUUGGGCCUCAUAUUCUUAUCCAUUACGUGCUUUGUUCUGUUGAGCUUUUUGAAUUCUGAAAUAUGCUAGGUGAGAUCUGAUCUUACUUUCUCUAGAGAAUGUAGAGUCAAAAGACAGAUGUAAUAAAGUUUCAUCAACUUGUUUGCAGAGCACACAAUUAAAGCAUUAUCAAUAUCCCUUGCAUCCC